GAACAACGACAGCAACAAAAACCAACAAAACGACAGCGUUUUGAGGAAGAAGAAGAAGAAGGUUAAAGAAGAGAAGAAAUAACAUUAGUAAUAAAGAGGAGAGUCAGUAGUUAGAGAAAGUGAAUUUAGAGAGAGAAAGAGAAGAGAGUUAGGUUUAGGGUUUUGUGGGUUUGGAGACCAGAGAACACAAACAAUGGGCAGCGAAAGAUUGAACGGAACAGUCAAGUGGUUCAAUGAUCAAAAGGGUUACGGCUUCAUAACCCCUUCCGAUGGAACCGAAGACUUGUUCGUUCACCAAUCCGCCAUCCGAUCCGACGGUUUCCGAAGCCUCGCUGACGGAGAAACCGUAGAGUUUCAGAUCGAGACGGAGAAUAAUCGUACCAAGGCAGUCGAUGUCACCGGUCCUAACGAGGGUCCCGUUCAGGGAACCCGCGGUGGAAGUGGCGGAGGCGGUGGAAGAGGAGGAUCUCGCGGUGGUUAUGGCGGUGGUGGUAGAGGCGGCAGAGGCGGUGGUGAUGGCGGUUGUUUUAAGUGCGGUGAAAGUGGUCACAUGGCCAGGGAUUGCUUCCAGGGAGGAUCAAGCGGUGGUGGAGGAGGAAGGUACGGCGGUGGCGGCGGUGGUAGCGGUGGUGGUGGCGGUGGAAACUGCUUCAAUUGUGGUGGGACUGGACAUUUUGCUCGGGAAUGCCCAAACAACCCUCGUUGAGUGGAAAAUUUUCCCCCAAAAAGGAAGAAAAAAGCUUUCUUUUUGUUGAUGGUUUGUUUGUUGACUCUUUUGUUCUUAGGGUUAGAUUGUUUGGAACAAUGGUUUUCUUUUUUCUUAUUUUCUUUGUUGGGUUUGGUUUGAAUAGGUAGUUUAUUUAUGAUCUAAUAUUUUCUGGGAAAUUAUUAUUGUUGGUAUUUUCUUUCUUAUUGUUUAUCCAAACUAGUAGUAAAAUGUAUGGUCUUGGUAUUUUGACUGAGCUAGUAGCUAGCUACUCAGUACUCACCCCAUUUUGCUCAAUUUUCAAGUGUGUAUAUAUACACAUCAUUAAGGUGUUUGAUUUAGUCAACUAA